UUUUGCCGUCCCCAGGUGUCGAAGGCGGCGGCGGAGCUGCUGAGUUACUGCGAGGCUCACGCCUGCGAGGAUCCGCUGCUCACGCCCGUCCCCACCUCCGAGAAUCCCUUCCGCGAGAAGAAAUUCUUCUGCGCCCUCCUCUGAGCCCCCCAAAAUUCUGGGGGGACCCCCGAAAUAUCGGGGGGACCCCGACCCCUCCCCCUGGAGCGUU